UUUGGAAAAUUCAACUAAAUCAAAGAGUGUGAGUUUAAAAGGUUCUCUUGCGAGUUGAUAACCACGUAAUCGAGGCUAUGAGUCAUGAGUCAAGCAUUAAUAUUGUAUAUAUCUGUUCAAUGCUAUCUUGUGUUUUCAUUAGAUUGAUAGCAAGCUGAUAUUUUUGGAUACGUGCUGAUAAAAGUGUGCUUGAUAACCUACUAUCCCAUGAGUUUUGAGUACCUAUAGAUACUUUCUUACAUACCUAGAAUAGAAGUCGGUUGUAGUAAUUGGUUUAUUUUAUACGCCGAAUAUAUAUUUUUUGAUAAGUCAGCAUGCCUGGUGAAAACAUUUUUUCCAAAAUUUUUGGAUGCAUCAUUCCGUGUAGAGAAGAAACCGGUUACACGGAACUUGAAACAAGUAGUGAUACAGGAACACAAAUCCAUACGGUUAAAAUCAUGUGGACCAUCGACAAUUUCGAUUUUCACGUCAUGAAAAAGAAUACCCUAAAAUCGAACAAAACUUCUGCAACCACAGACGAAGAAUGCGCGUGGUAUUUGGCUUUCGAACCUUCGGAUCGAGCUUUGAAUCGUGUCGACAACCUGUCCUCAUAUUUUUGUAUAUAUUUCACCGGGGGUAAAGCUCUGGCAAAAAGUGAUGUUUCCAUUUUGAAUGGCCAACAGAAACCAAUCAUGCGGAAAACGUUCGAAAUGCGCGAAUUAUACAACACGUUAAAAUUCCACAUCUCCAUCCCAAAGGAGCUUAUUAUUACUCCCGAAAAUAAAUUAAGUCUAACGAUUUGCUGUAGUUUAAGCUACUCAAAAAUUGGAAAAUUUGAUAACGAUCGAUGCAAUACUAUUGCAGAACCUUCAACACGUCAACUUUGUAUUCCCGAUAGCGACCAUGCGGAGAAGAUUGCAUCACUGUAUGACGAAGGCACAUUCGCCGAUGUCACACUUUCCACCAAAAUAAAGAAUUAUAGUGCCCAUAAAGCCAUAUUAGCCGCACACAGUCCGGUUUUCGCUUCGAUGUUUGAAGCUAGUGCGAAAAAAGGAAAAGUCACCAGUGUGAAUAUUUCUGGAAUAGAUGAACAAGUGCUCGGCGAGAUUCUACGAUAUAUUUAUACCGGUGAAUGUGAAAAUCUAGACGAUCUAGCCCAUGAUCUAUUAAUAGCGGCUGAUAGAUAUGGCCUAGAUCGUUUGAAGAUGAUUUGCGCCGAUGUUCUAUACAAGCAAAUGUCCGUUCAAAAUGCUACCGAUUUAUUGGUAUUAGCCGAUAAACGAGGAUUAAAUGAACUGAAAUCCGAAGCGAUUAAAUUUAUCGCCGCUAAAUAUAUCGAAAUAUCGAAUGAGGAAACGUGGCAAAAUGCUAUUAAGAAGAAACCCCAUCUUGUUCAUGACGUCAACCAAGAGUUAUAUCGACAUUCAUCAGCUAGAAAUUUGAACAACGUCAAAACAUCAUGUUGAAGAAUUUUUUUCGUAUUAUUGUUCCUAAAAAUAUUCACUCGUCGUAAUACUAAAAUUUAUAUCUAGUCGUUUUGUAACUCUAACUUGUAAUCGAAUAAAUUUAUUACAUAUUUCAUAAGCCAACCAAUUUAUACUUCGGUAGAAAUAUAAAG